AUGACCCUUACUGAGUUUCUCAAGUGUGGUCCACCUCAGUUUAAUGGAAAUGGCAAUGCGUUAGAGGCUAAUCAGUGGUUUUUAGAUGUGGAGAGAUAUUUAUACACUCAACAUGUUCCGGAAGUACAGUCCAUGGAAAUAGUGACCUACAUGUUGUCGGGAGAUGCUCAGAAGUGGUGGCAAGAGUUAUGUCAUACCUUGCAGGUGGAGCUAACAGAUGUCCCUUGGAGUAGAUUCAAGACAGAAUUUUACGGAAAAUAUUUCUCACAUGCACUUCGCAUUGCAAAGGAGUUGGAGCUAAUGCAGCUGAAGCAAAAGAAUAUGUCUGUUGCUGACUAUACCCAUGAAUUCGACAACCUGUGUCGUCUCUCAAAAGUUUGUCAAGAAAAUCCAGCCGACUAUGAGGCGUGGAAGUGUGCUCAGUAUGAGAAAGGACUUAGGAGAGACAUCUUCAACUACGUGUAUCUGCAAAGGUUAACGAAUUUCACUGAAUUGGUUAAGAAAAGUCAAUUCGCAGAAAGUUACUCCAUGAAGUGGGCGAUGUUACAGGAAGGCUAUGGAGAGACUACUCCAGAUGAGCCGCAUAGAGCCGGGCUAGGUGUAUGCUACAAGUGCGGGAAGUCGGGGCAUACAGUUGGAGACUGUCCACACAAGAAAUGUCAGGAUGCAGCCGAAUCUGAUUCUCAGACCCGAGGUAACCAUGAACUAGCAGUUAAAUUUUUAGCUACCUUGCAUAUCAUUAAUGUGUAA